UUUUCUUCUUAAAUUUUUCUUACAUUAAGUUAAGGUGCAUUUCUAUAUUCUCGAACACCCUUUAAACAAUUCGAAGGAUAUUAGAUUCUAUUACAAUGGCUCGCACGCUCUAUGAUAAAGUCUGGGACGACCACAUUAUUGACCAGCAAGAAGAUGGUACCUGCUUGAUUUAUAUCGACAGACAUCUUGUACACGAAGUCACCAGCCCUCAAGCUUUUGAAGGCCUUCGCAACGCUGGACGACCUGUUCGUCGUCCUGAUUGCACUCUUGCAACAGUCGAUCACAAUAUUCCUACAACUUCCAGAAAGAACUUUAAGGAUAUUACCUCGUUCAUUCAAGAGUCCGACUCUAGAACGCAAUGUGAAACUUUGGAACAAAACAUUCAAGCAUUUGGUUUGACUUACUUUGGUAUGGAAGACAAACGACAAGGUAUUGUUCAUGUUAUUGGUCCUGAACAAGGCUUUACUCUUCCUGCCACUACUGUUGUUUGCGGUGACUCUCAUACAUCCACUCAUGGUGCCUUUGGUGCACUUGCUUUUGGUAUUGGUACGUCAGAAGUAGAGCAUGUGCUUGCAACUCAAACGCUGCUUCAGAAAAAAUCAAAGAACAUGCGUAUCCGUGUCCAAGGCAAAGUGUGUGCCGGUGUUACUUCCAAGGAUAUUGUUCUUCAUAUUAUUGGUGUGAUCGGCACUGCUGGCGGUACAGGUUGUGUUAUUGAAUUCUGCGGUGAUGCAAUUGAAGCGCUUUCUAUGGAAGCUAGAAUGUCUAUGUGCAAUAUGUCUAUUGAAGCAGGCGCUCGUGCUGGCAUGAUUGCUCCUGACGAGGUUACAUUUGCCUAUCUGCGUGAUAAACCACUUGCACCUAAAGGAGCUGAUUGGGAUCGUGCUGUCAAAUAUUGGAAAACGCUUAAAUCAGAUCCUGAUGCUAAAUACGAUAUCAAGGUCGAAAUUAAUGCAGCUGAUAUUGCGCCUACUGUCACUUGGGGUACUAGCCCACAAGAUGUUGUUGCUAUUACCGGCUCUACACCUGAUCCUGCAACUAUUUCCAAUCCUGCACGUCGCGCAGCAGUUGAACGUGCUCUUGAGUACAUCGGUAUUGCUCCCAAUACACCUAUGAAAGAAGUUAAGAUUGAUAAAGUCUUUAUUGGAAGUUGUACAAACUCUCGUAUUGAAGAUCUUCGUGCGGCAGCAGCUAUUGUGAAGGGUAAUCAUACUGCUGAAUGGGUAUAUGCUAUGGUUGUUCCUGGCUCAGGUCUCGUUAAGCGACAAGCAGAACGUGAAGGCUUGGACAAAAUCUUUACAGAUGCUGGUUUUGAUUGGAGAGAAGCGGGCUGUUCUAUGUGUCUUGGUAUGAAUCCUGAUCAGCUCAAGCCUGGUGAACGUUGUGCUUCUACUUCCAAUCGUAAUUUCGAAGGUCGCCAAGGCGCUGGUGGACGAACUCAUUUAGUCAGUCCUGCAAUGGCUGCUGCAGCAGGUAUCAAAGGUUACUUUACUGAUGUACGAGAAAUGGAAGUCUCAGAAAUCCCUGGUACACCCAAGCAGCAAAGUCCUCGCGAAGUCGUCGCAGAAUUCGAAUCUGAACAAGCUGAGGACAGUACGGCUGAAUCUAGCUCUGAGGAAUGCUCUCCUAUUACUCCUCCUUCUGACAGUAAUUCAAGCUCUGGCAUGCCCAAAUUUACAAAUCUCAAGGGUUACGCUGCUCCUCUAGAUAUUUCCAAUGUUGACACUGAUAUGAUCAUUCCCAAACAAUUUUUAAAGACAAUCAAGCGUACUGGCCUUGGUAGUGCUCUUUUCUGGGCUCUUCGCUACAAUACUACGACCGGCGAAGAAAACUCUCAAUUUAUACUAAAUCAAGAACCUUACCGACAGGCACGUAUUUUGGUGUGUACUGGUCCAAACUUUGGCUGUGGUAGUUCUCGUGAACAUGCUCCUUGGGCAUUCAAUGAUUUUGGCAUUCGCUGUAUUAUUGCACCAAGUUUUGCUGAUAUCUUUUACAACAACUGCUUCAAGAAUGGUAUGCUUCCUAUUGUACUUCCUCAAGAACAAGUUGAGUCUCUUGCUGCUGAGGCCAAGAAGGGUGUAAAAGUAGAAAUUGAUCUGGUGAACCAGAAGAUUCACUUUGCUGAUCAAGUGAUCUCCUUUGAUGUGGAACCCUUCCGCAAACAUUGUCUUGUCAACGGAUUUGAUGAUAUUGGACUCACAAUGCAAAAGUCUGAUAAAAUUGCAGACUUUGAAAGAAAACGAACAGAUACUUGGCCAUGGUUGGAUGGUAAAGGAUAUAAGGGUAGCGCAACAAAAGUUAAUGUUAGCAGACAAUCAAAGAAAGCCAAGUUAGAUUGGUAGAAAGCUUGUAUAUUAUAGAGAAUAGGAUUCAAUGCUUGUGAAAAGUCUACGUCCAUUCAGCCCCCUUAUUCCAAUCAUCGUUUUUAACAAACUUCAUACAUCAUUCAUAUACUUAUUAUAAUUGCUCAAGGUUGAUAAAUAAACUAUUCACAUCGAAAUUCUUCUGUAAAACCGUUCGUACAAAGUUAGGCGCGGUUUACGGAAGCAGAUCUCCAUUUUUUUUUUUUCGCUUCAGAAUGUUCAGUUACAAAGUGAGAAUUCUUAAUGUAAUUUUACGGUUUGAAACACCUAAUU